GAACAAGCCCUCUCUCGCUUCCUGCUCGUAGAGGGGCAAAGCGUCCUCCUUCUCCUCUCAGAAGGGGUGGGGAACAAUCAAUGCGGGAGCGAGGAGGGCCCUAGUUCUCUUCUUAACCGCUGGCUCCAGCCCUGGGGCAUGCACGCGCACCACGACGCUGUUCUCCGGCGGCGGAGACACCCUCGCUUUCCCCAUCCCAAGGAGGUCUUCCUCUCCCUGUCCUCUUUGCCUGAGACGGAAGACGACCAGGCGGGGAAGGACGAAAGGCAGGAAGAGGAGAAGGACCCGGGCUUCUCCUUCGUCUAUCCCUACGGUUGCUCCCUGUCCGUUGCGCCCCCUGCGAAGGUCCUGCUCUCCUCCGGCCCUUACUCUUAUCCCGCCCACCGCCCAGUGCUGGCCGCCUGGGAGGGUCGUGCGGAGGGAGAGGACGGAGGGGAGGGGAAGGGUGCGGGAAGGCGGGAGGAGGCGGGGAAGGAAGAAGAGAAGAGGUUGAAUGAAGGGGAAAGGGGCAAAGGUCGAGGAGGGGGAGGUGCAGGUGGAGGAGGAGGGAGGAGAGGAGGGCGGCUGGUUGUCCUGGGCGCGGUGGACAUGUGGACCGACGCGUGGCUCGACCAAGAGGACAAUGGCUGGCUCGCGGAUGUGAUUUUCCGGGUAGGGGCAAGAAAGGCGCCGGAGGGGGAGGGGGAGGGGAAGGAAAGGGGGGGGGAAGGCUGGCACCACUCACGUCCUCUUGUCCUCCCUCGUUCCCAGUGGCUGCUCCAUCGCGAGCCGGACGCGGAGUCCAGCGCCCCUCCCUCUAACUUGGGUCAAGCCAGUUUUAGCCAUGACCGUUCCCCCUCCCGGCUUGCUCAGCUCCUCUUCUGUGGGGACGCGAGGCCAGAGCAGGAGCGGGCGCAUGACCCCGCCCUCCCUCCCGCCCUCCCUCCCUCCCUACAACCACGCUUGUGCACCCCACGUGUCCGAGACCUCGCGCAGCAGCUUCGACCGUGUCUUCAGGGAAAAAUGUACUCUACGCCGCAAAGUCACGUCGAUCUCAACAACCUGCUCAACCCUCCCGAUGAAGGAGGACGGGAAGGAGGGCGAGGGAGAGGGAAAGCAGGCGUUCCCCCUGGAGAGGAACCGCCUUUGUACGCACUGCGACCAAACACGCUGCUCCCAGAAGUCCUCGCAACGCACCACGCUCUGGGUCUGGAACCAGAGCACCCGUUGAGGCCCGUGGCGCCGGAGUUCGUGUUUGCGUCGCCACGGACCCAAUUGGCGCGUCUCUUCCACAAAUGUGCCUCGAGCAGGUUGGAAGGGGCAAAAGAAGGAUCCAGGGAGGAUUUGAGCUAUUUUGUGCGCGAGGCUGCUGAGAUCGUUGGCCUGCACGAUUUAUCCUCCUCCGAGUCCGCCUCCGGUGGGAAGGAGCUCGAGGCGGGAAAAGAGGAGGAGGACGCAGCCAAGAAUACGCUGGCCGUGCUUGUGGAGCAGCUCGCCCGUUGGAAAGGAAGAGGGGGGUCGGGGUAAAGCGAGGAGUCGGGAGGCAGAGUGCGGUGGGAUCAGCAGGGGGU